AUGUCAGCGCUACUGCUGGGAGCUCUUUCACUGUUCAAAGUCGAUUUCUCUCCAACUCAUCUCAAAAAGCAAAAAUGGGCAAGCGGACCAAAAAAAGUUGGCAUUUGUGGCAAGUACGGCACGCGCUACGGUUCAUCGCUUCGUAAAGUUGUGAAAAAGAUUGAAAUAUCGCAGCAUGCCAAGUACAAUUGCGUAUUUUGUGGCAAGGACUCAAUCAAGCGAACUGUAACGGGUAUCUGGCAGUGCCGCUCAUGUUACAAGACCAUUGCUGGUGGCGCCUACCUGCUGAACACGGCUUCUGCUGCUACGGAUCUGACUGAGAUUGAGAGAAACGGUCUACCCUUGACGAGAGAAAACGACCAUUGGCCAAUCUGGUGGAAGCUGCGGGGACUGAUCGAAGAGCCGACUCUAAUAAUUAAGUGCUUGUAG